AUGCCUUCAAACACAUCCUCCGCCAGCAUGUUCGGAGGAGCCGGGGGAAGAGGAUCCAGGGCGUCCGUGGCGAGCCUCCAGGGGCUGCGCAACGUGCUGCGCAACGAGCCGGAGAGGGACUCCCCUCGUCCCGCACCUGUCCCGCAGGACACACCCCCAGCUUCAGCCGCUCCCGCAGCUCCCGCAGCGCCCGCAGAUGACAAGCACACCCUGCGGGGUCUCAACGACCGCCUGUCCGGCUACCUGGACCGGGUGAAGCAGCUGAGGGAGGAGAACGACAACCUGGAGAAGCAGAUCGAUGAGAUCUUGGCCAAGAGGAAGACACCUGAGGGUCGAGACUGGGAUGAGACCGAGAAACCCCUGGAUGAGCUCAAGGACAAGAUCAAAGAUAUCGCCGUGGACAACGCCAAGCUGCUGCUCCAGAUUGACAACGCCAAGUUGGCCAACGAGGACUUCAAGAACAAGGAGGAAGAUGAGAAGAAGGCACGCAAGGAACUGGAAAACGACCUGGAGGACCUGAAGAGGACGGCUGAGGACACCAGGCUGAACUGCGAGCAGACGAAGAAGGAGACCGAGCUGGUGAAGGAGGAGCUGCAGCGCCUCAAGCGGGAACACAAAGAUGAUGUGAAUGUCCUGUGUGAGAAGAUCAAGGAUUCUGAGGUCAUUGUGGAGAUUGACUCCCAGAACUCCAACCUGGCCGAUAAUCUCAACAAAAUCCGCGGCCAGUACGACAAACUGGCCAAGAAGAACCUGAAGGAGACUGACGAUUGGUACCAGAGCAAGUUUGAAAACAUCAAGGUGGAGGAGGCCCAGAACGUGGAGGUCCUGCAUUCUGGAAAGUCAGAGCACCAGGUUCUGCUCAAACAGAAACAAAUGCUGGAGAUUAAGAUCCAGGGUUUGCAGAGCAAGAUCCGAAACCUGGAGGAAAGCCAGAGGAACACGGAGAUGGAGUACGGCCAACGCCUGAUCCCUCUCAACAUGGGGAUCCUCAACCUGUCGGCGGACCUGGAGAAGGUGAGGUCCCAGGUGGAGCACCACGUGGACACCAACAAGGACCUGCUGUGCGUCAAGAUGAAGCUGGAGUCGGAGAUCAACAGCUACCAGCAGCUGAUCCUCGGGAUGACCAGCGAGCCGGAGAGAUCGGCCAAAGCCUGACAACCAGGUGCCGGAGAAGCAGC